AUGCUACGGACUUUGUCCCACACUUUCUGCGUUCAUCAUGGCGUACAUUAUGCAAACUCAACCUCUAGGACGAUGCUUAUGUCUUCGCUCUUGCAAAAUCGAAUGCGGAUAUUAAGCACAUUACGUGAAGACGAUAAAACGUCGAUAUUACUGCAAGUAAAAGAUGGUCCAGGUGCAUUACAGGAGACGCUUAAGUUUUUCUGGAAACACGACGUCAACAUGACGCGGAUCGAGUCUCGUCCUUCUAAGGGCCAAAAUAUGGAUUACAACUUUUAUAUUGAUUUUGAGGGCAAAAGUGGUCAGGCUCAUGUUGACGAGCUGAUUACCGACCUUCAAGGAAACUGUUUGGACGUCAUGGUAUUGAAUGAUAAACAAGUUCCAUGGUUUCCUCGCAAAUUGCACGAGUUAGACCGUUCGGUUGCCAAUAUAUUGGACGCUGGAACUGAUUUGGAGUCCGACCAUCCAGGAUUUAGCGACAAAGAGUAUCGGAAGCGUCGCAAUAUGUUUGCAGAAAUUGCUCAAAAAUAUCACCAAGGGGACCCAAUUCCUCGUCUGGAGUACACGCAAGAUGAGAUCAAUACGUGGGGUGUCAUAUACAAUCGAAUGAAAAAAUUGUGGAAGCGACACGCGUGCGAUGAAUUUAAUUACAUCAUUCCGCUGCUUGAAAGCAAUUGCGGAUACGCCGAGAAUAAUAUUCCGCAGCAAGAGAAUAUUUCGAAUUUUCUCAAAGAGUGCACGGGCUUUACUUUGCGUCCUGUUGGUGGUUUGUUAUCGUCGCGCGAUUUUCUGAAUGGUCUCGCAUUUCGUGUAUUCUUUUCGACUCAGUACAUUCGUCACCAUUCGAUGCCGCUGUAUACGCCAGAGCCCGACAUUUGCCAUGAACUUAUGGGUCACGCCCCAAUGUUUGCUGAUCCCGACUUUGCAGAUUUUUCGCAUGAAAUUGGCCUCGCCUCUCUUGGAGCAUCGGACGAAGAAAUCCUGCGUCUUGCUACGUGCUAUUGGUUUUCCGUAGAAUUUGGUAUCAUAAAGCAGCGUGGUGAAUACAAAGCCUAUGGUGCUGGCCUACUUUCAAGCUUCGGGGAGUUGGAAUACGCUUGUGCUACUGAUCGGACUGCAGGCAGUGAGUUGCCUGAAUACCGUCCUUGGGACCCUUUCUUGGCCUACAAGCAAAAGUAUCCGAUCACAACCUAUCAGCCUGUCUACUAUGUUGCUAACAGUCUGUGUGAAGCGAAGGAAAAGAUGCGUGUUUUCUGUGAAGACUUGAAAAAACCGUUUCAAGCUCGUUACGAUCCCUACUCUCAGACAGUUUUGAUUGACCGUGCGGUCCAACGCCAGGAAUUGCAGCCUUUAAGGCUAUAUUUGAGUUGUUUUGAAAUUCUGGUCACAGAGCACAAUUCGACUACAGAACAAUGGAUGCGUGAAGCUCUUGAUAGCCGGGUGAUCAUUCAAGAAUUAAAAACGCAGAAUGAAAAACUCCAACGAGAGGCGUUCAGACUGAACUUUAAAAUGAACAUGAUGUAUGAGAGUUGUGCAGACCUUAAAGUUCUGGAUCGCCUUGGAGACUUGAUGCAACGCAAGAUGCAGGAAUAUCAAUCAAGUCAAGUAGCGCGCAAUGAAUUUGCUUCAAUGAAUGCACUUAAUGCGUUAAAUUAUCCUGCGAAGAAAAGCGGCUUGGAUGAUGAAGGUUUAGUAUCCAGCCCAAGCAAAUUUCAGGAUGGUGGAGCUCUUCCAGGCAGCUACAAAGGCCAGACACCUCGAGAAAAUUUCCAUCGAGUUCGAGUUUUUGAAGCUGAGGAAGCGAAAUUACGAGACCAGCUUGACAUUUUUGGGAUUCCAAAGUUGCAGCAGCAGAAGGCUGGAAACUACUGUCCAACUCAACAAAGACUCGGGGACACAAUUGACAAGCUACUAGUAUCUGCAGAAGAGGCAAAUUCACCUAUGAAAAGUGCGAGGCAAGAAACGCAACGUACGUAUGGACGCGCGUCUAUGGGCCAUAGCACAGGAAUUGUUGGGUCGAGUAGAGUCCAAAGUUAA